AUGACAACUCUAUUUUCGGGACAGCUGGGCUUUUCUCCCACGUCUCAGGAUUCAAAUCUGCUCAUCCUUCUAACUGACUCCUGGCUCAGACGGGCCAUGACUACAGGAAAACCAAUGUCAUCCUUGAUAGGAUGGAGACGAACUGCAAUACUUCUUACCGCCCUAAUCGCAACCUUGACGAGCCUUCUUAUUGUGGCACUACUCGUAUCGCUCUACGUAAUCAGCAAUGAUGGUGGGACACUCUCGGGAGAGACAGUUCUUUACCGCGGCAGCUGUGGUAAAACGUCACGAGCGAACCUGUGGAUGCAUCUUGCCAUCAACAUUAUUGCGACGGGCAUCCUCGGAUCAUCCAACUUCUUCAUGCAAACCCUGGUUGCGCCGACACGACGCGAGGUAGACCGGGCUCAUAGCUCCGGCGACUGGGUCGAAAUCGGGGUCCAGUCCAUCCGGAACUUCCGCUUCAUAUCUCGAUGUAGAAUUGCCUUUUGGCUUCUCUUCGCGCUCAGCUCCGUGCCGUUACACCUAAUAUUCAACGGCUGCGUAGUUGAUUCGAAGGCUACCAACGGGUUCAAGGUGGUCAUGGUCGCAGAGUCCUUCCUAGACGGUGAUCCAUUUACAGUCCCAGGCGUGAUGGACUUGUGGAACAGCGAAUAUUUUGGGCCUCACAAGACAAUGAACAAGACUAUCACCGAUAUCUAUCAGUCAGUCUCACAACCGGCCACUGGCAACUGGGAGCGGAUGGCAUUCCAGGAUUGUAUGCGCCGCUACAACGAUCUAUACGCCAUAAUGGCAGCUCACCGUCACGUCGUCAUGGUGGUGAGCAACGAUACCGAGACAUCGAGCACUGGAUGGACCCGUGACCAGGUCCUGAAAGACACCGCUAACUUUGACGAUUCUGACUCAGUCAACACGCUGUGGUGGCAACAGUCAUUCCAGCGCACUGGCAACGGAGUCAUGACAAGUAACACUCAAAACACUGAAAACGAAUACAUUUCGGAUCCUCGCGAAGAUAACGGAUUGUUUUUCUCUGCGGGCGCACUUGACCCAACCACUGGCAGGCUGACAAUGAGUGAAGGCGCAUAUCACUAUGAAUUCCAAAACAUGCAGGUCCAAUACUGCCUGUCGGAAAAGUUUCAAGCCCCCUGUCGACUAAGCAUCAACAACUCACUUCUUUUGGUCGUCUGUGUGAUGUGUGGCUUCAAAUGCUUUCUUUGUAUUCUCACUCUGACGAUUAGCAUCUGGGGGCAGGAGCAGCCUCUGAUAACACCAGGAGACGCCAUUGCCUCUUUCAUUGCGGUGCCUGGCAGUGAGACAAAGGGUCUGUGUACACUGAGUGCCCAGGACCUAGAGGAGAGCAAGCGGCAAUCAUCGAAUGGAUUGCGUAACAUUUAUGCGACCUCAGGGAGAUCGCGGCGAUGGCAGACGGCCUCACGCCGCAAAGCCGGCAACGCUAUUCCGAGAAAUAUAUGGACGCUAUCAUACCUUCUCAUUGGUAGCUCUCUCAUUCUCGGUGCGGCCAUGUUCGUACUGGCUAUUAGGGAACAGUCUAUAGGUGCCUCCCGGUUUGCACACCACCCAGCGAACGUGGCCGUCAUAGCCCCGGGACUGGAGACCAGGUCUUUCGCGGAACUAACCAUGAUCGCUAACACGCCCCAGCUCAUCCUGUCAAUAUGCUAUAUGGCUUACAACGGGCUCUUGACCCGUAUGCUGGCCGAGUUCGAAUGGUCUCGUUACAGCGUCGCCUUCCAGUCCUUGCGCGUUACGCAUCCCAGGGGUCAGCAACGCUCCACGUACCGGCUUCAGCUGCCCUAUCGCUGGUCAAUCCCGCUCCUUGCUGUCAGUGGCUUACUGCACUGGGUCUAUUCAAACUGUUUUUACGUCAGCAACUACGAAUACCGUGAUCCAGAAUGGCCAUAUGGGGUCUGGAAGAUCAACCGCGGACUCCAGUUUUCCACAGUCGCCAUUUUCAUUGGUCUUGCAACGUCAAUAUCGGUUGCUCUCAGCCCGGUGGUCGUGGCCAUGUUUCGCCUGCCGGGAAACAUGGUUCUAGGGGCUAGCAACUCAAAGGUUAUCUCUGCUGCUUGCCACUGCAUACCCAUCAUGUCUACAGAUGCAUCACCCAACUCAUCAGUGGCGCCUGUAGAAGAUACGGCCGCAGCUGGUCACGAUGCCGACAUAUUGGAGAAAAUGGCGACGAGGAAGUUGAAAUGGGGACAGGUCUCAUCUGAAAGGUCCGAAGGUGACAUCGGUCAUUUGGCGUUUGGCGUGGAGGAACAAGAGAUUACGGAGCCAAUUGAGGGAAAACCAUAUAGAGGAUAA